UGGGUGUGCGUGUGUUUCACUUCCCCAUUGCCAGUGCCACUGCGCAGCUGACAACAAAACAAAACAACAGCAACUGCACCAACACCGUCAACAAGCUGUCGUUGUAGCGUCGCUCGUGUUGCUUCGGGAUUGCUCUAGGCUUGCUCCUCACAUAGCUACAUUUCGCCAACCCCCCACGCACACGCACACACACACGCGCGCGCGCACUUCACCAUCUCAUAUCACAUAUCCAUUCACCAUCCAAACAAUUCCUUGUGUGUGUUUGCUCUCGGCCAAUUCAUUUCACAACAUCCGCUCCACUCUAUUGUAUUGCGGGCGCGGUGUCUUUGAUCGUUCCAUGCACACCAUCUUCAUCAACUUCUGGUCACCAUGAUGUCGUCCUUUCUACCAGACCUCGAGUUGGGAGAAUCCCUCGACGAGCUCUCCCACUAUCUCUCUCGGGGCAACACGAUCGCGCUGGCGGACAUGAACCGCGACUUCAACGAAGGCAUUGACCCCAUCCCGCCACUCGACCGCGCCACCCUCGGCGUGCCGCACUCAUCACCAUCUGCAUCGUCAUCGGAGGGCGUCACCUCUGCCAGCCGCCGCAGCAUGCGCCGGUCAAAGCGCACCGCACAUCGCCAGCACCAGCACCACCAGCACCAACAGGAGGAGCACGGGGUGCACGUAUUCCAGCACCCACUGAGGCAGCAGGAGCACCGGGCGACCAUGCACGGCUUGCAGUUUGAACACGAGCAGCAGCAGCAGCACAUGUACGCAGCAGACGAUGCGGUGUGCUCCAUACCACCGCCACCACAACCGCCGUCUUCGCUGUCUGCAGCGGCCGCGACCACGCGUCACGGCAGCGAGCGGUCGCCCGUCUCCGGCCCACAGACAUCAAACACCACACCAGAGGCGCUGAGCAUGACGCCUACUGCUCUUGACUCGACCAGACAGCAGCAGCAGCAGCAGCAGCAGCAGCAGCAGCAGGAACAGCAGGACCAGCAGGAACAGCAGGACCAGCAGGAACAGCAAGAACAGGACCAGCAGCACAGGUAUCAGUACACGCCCCGCAUGACCACCCCGCACAGCAGCGCAACGACCUCGGCCCGGACGCGUGAGGCCUCAGGCUCGUUUGCAGCAGAUACCGUAUUCACUUUUGCAGAUAUCCCUGAUUCACACCAUCGCCAUCCCCAUUACCACGACAACAGCAGCGAUCACGAGGGCCGUCCGCAAGUUCGCCAACAGCGGCAGGCGCCGUCCCGCGCAGCACGCCGCAUCUUCGCUGGCGGUGAUGACGACGGCAGCAGCAGAAACAGCAACGACCGGCACGAUGUUGAUGUUGGUAUUGACGAUGAUGAUGAUGACGAUGUUGGUGAUAACGACAGCGACAACAGCAGCAGCGGCAGCAGCCACCGGCAGCACCUGUCGAGCCACGGUCUUGCCCUCGAGCCCCUGCCCAUGUUCCACAGCCCAACGCUCCCCUCCGCCUCGUCGCCACCGGCCAGCGCCACCGUGAAGCAGGAGGUGGUGUCGCGCCCCCACACGCCAUCCCGUCAGCGCAUCACGGCACAGGGCGCACACGACGGCGCACGCCGACAGCAGCAGCAGCAGCAGCAGCACGGGUCAUCCUCGUCACCAUAUCCAGUGGGUGGCGCUGUGCUGUACAGUCCUCUCACCCGCCCCUCUGGUCGCAGCAGCGGCGGCGGCGAUGGCCGCGACACACCGGGCACCGAGAUGGCAGCCAAGCGCUCCAAGCACGCAACAGAUCCACUGACGUCCUCGCCGAGCACGCGCGUGUCUGUGUCGUCGACCACCCCACACGACGUGUUCUCCGGCCAGCCGCCCAAGGUGGAGUGGUUUGUCAACGACAGCGAGACAUGGCAUCGCGUGUUUGACGCGAACAUGAACGACCUCACCCCACCCGGUUUCCGCGUGGAGAUGGACAAGGGCGUGCGCCGGUCUGCUGCAGACAACAGCUUCAUCUGCCAGAAGAAGAACCACUUCCAGACCACCAUCGCCGUCAAGAUGGCCGGCGUUCCCGCGUUUGUCGCCACCAAGCACGGCAUGAUGAAGGUGGACGGCACGUACAUCAACAUGUACGGCAUCAAGGUUGAGUCGCCAAACACCAAGGUGUCGCUCGAGCAGUCACAGUCCGACCGCACCAAGCGGCCCUUCAACCCCGUUGCCGUCCCAAUCAAGCCAAACCAAGUCACAAAGAAGACGGUGCCGCGUCUGCACUUCUCCGAGACGACUGCCAACAACAUGCGCAAGAAGGGGAAGCCGAACCCCGACCAGCGCUACUUCUCGCUCGUCGUCACGCUCGCUGCUCGCGUUGGCGCCGACCUCUACACCAUUGCCUCGCACCGCUCCCAGCAUCUCAUCGUGCGCGCCUCAAACCCAGGACACUUUGAAACAGAGCCAAACACGCACUGGUCCAGGGGUCAGACCCUCAACUCCGUCUACCACAACGGCGCUGUUGGCAUCAACAUCGACAGCCCCGAUGAGGCCCUCUGUGUUCGCGGCAAUCUCAGGCUGUCUGGUGCUAUCUAUCAGCCCAGCGACCGCCGCAUCAAACGAAACAUUUCAGUCCGCGAUGCAAGGGCGAGCCUUGAUGCAAUUCGACGCGUGCGCAUGUACGACUACAAAUUGCACGAGCAAUAUGCAAAAGACAACGACCGCGACGCUGAGGAGGUUCACGUUGGUCCACUCGCCCAGGAGCUGCGGACGGUGCUGCCGACGGCGGUGAAGGAGACGACGACUAUGACGCUGUCUGACGGCACGACGAUUGAAGACUUUCUCAUCAUUGACAAGGAGCGGCUGUUCAUGGAGGCCGUGGCCGCCGUUCAAGCCCUCGCCCAGCACACGGACGGGCUUGAGCGUCGCCUGCAGGAUCUCGAGACGAAGUUGUCCACGGCACCACCGCGGGUGUCCCCGUGUCUGUCGUGGGCGGCGGUUGGUGCGGGCGUCGCCGCUGCUGCGGGGCUCUUUGCAGUGGCCUUCCGCCCCCGCUAAACAAACAACCCAACCAACAAACAAUCACACUAACAACGACAGCAACGACCACCAGCACACACAUAUUUGCACUGCACCCUGGCAACCACGGUGCUCGCAGUAGAAAGGCGGUCUUGUGCACGUCGCGCUCGCUCUCUCAAUCUUUAUUUGUUCCAACUUGAUGUCCUGGUUUCAACCAGUCAGCACGCUGGUGCUCUGCAGUUUUGUUUUGUUGGCGAGAGACACGUCUCGUGGUGUGUCGUUGUCAGUGUUGAGGUCUUGCUUGCGUGCAUGCACCACAUGCAUCUGCCCAUGUGUGUCUGUGUGUGUGUGUGUGUGUCAGGUGAAGCCCCUUCUUCCAGUGCGACUGCUUCCUGUCUUUCCUGUGCCUUUGCGUGUUCCGUUGCUUUCGUCUCUGAAUGCCCUGUUAUUGAGUGGUUAAUUGCCUGCUUCAAGCGUAGCUGUUUGGGAGCAAGGGAUGUUUGCACACUUCCUCUUGCCUCUUUUUCUUUUCUGGUCAGUAAUUGGCCCUUCCCUUCCCCUGAUUUCCUUCCUUCCUUCUUUCCUUCAGUCAUCAUUUGUAAUGAAACCAACAGCUCUGA